AUGGCGAAGAAAAACAACAGAAAAGCCAACAGCAGAAGAGUGCAGCAGCUAAUUUUGAAGGAGAAGGAGGAAGAAAAGAAAAGGGAAGAAAGGAGACUCAGGAAACAGGGCCUCAGGGACCUCACUGCCCUCGAGCAGCACAUGCAGCACUAA